CGGCCCUCCUCGCCCCCCGGGUGCAUCAUCUCUGCACUCCAGACGGAGGAGACGAGACGAAGCACACUCCUGGCACACGGAUGCGGAGUGUCUCCGGCUUCAUUCAGCUCCUUCGCAGCCUGACAACAUGUCCUCUACAAUGCCUCCGGAAAGCCUCGAGAACAGUUGCUACACCUUGGAAGGUCCAAGCUUCCGUCAUGUCUGUCUUCCACCCCCCAAGAGAAGGCAUUACUCUCGAAUACCUCUUCAGACCCGUGCAUCAUGUUUUACUGCAACCUGUUGUCCCCGCCGCCCUUCUUCUACUGCACCUGAGAUACCCUGAGGCUUUCCAGCGAGCCCUUCCGCUCAUUGUAACGAGUGCCAUUCAACCUAGAUUCAUUACCCGGACGCUCGGGGGACUCCUCACAUUUGGUGUCCUGUACAAACUGAACAGAUACCUCAGCCGGCUAGUGCUCAACAACUUCGUGAAAGACACGUCGUGGGACUGGGAGCGCGAAAUCGUCCUGAUCAGUGGCGGCUCGUCUGGCAUUGGGCAGGAAAUGGUUCGACAGUUUGGCGAACGGAACAUCAAAGUCGUGGUUCUCGACGUUAACCCCCCUCAAACGCCAUUACCCACCUGUGCCACGUUCUAUAAGACUGAUGUGACCUCGUCUCAAGAUAUUCGAGAUGUCGCUGCGAAAAUCCGCAAGGACGUCGGUGAUCCAACAGUGCUCAUCAACAAUGCUGGCGUCGCGAACGGGAAAACUAUCCUUGACGAAACCGAGGAGCAACUUCAACGCACCUUCGACGUCAAUAUUCUGGCCCAUUUCAAAAUGGUCAAAGAAUUUUUGCCGGACAUGAUCAAGAAAAAUCAUGGACAUGUGGUAACGAUUGCGAGCAUGUCGAGCUUUGCGACAUGGGCUGGGGUUACCAGCUACGCCGCGACCAAAGCAGCAGCACUGGCGUUCCAUGAGGGAUUGGCGCAGGAGCUGAGGGCGAGAUACGGUGCUGAUAAAGUCCGCACAACGAUCGUGCAUCCCGUGUGGGUACGGACGCCCCUUUCUCACGGCUUAGUCAGGAAGAUGGCUUCGAAUCAAGUUCUGCUGGAGCCCGGCACGGUGGCAGAAGCAGUGGUCUCGCAGGUGCUUAAAUGUGAAGGCGACCAGCUUAUUCUCCCCGCGCGGUUCAACUUUGUGCCUUUCAUGAGAGGUUGGCCAAGCUGGCUGCAGGAGAGCGCGCGGAGUGACGGGGCACAGGUCAUCCAAAGUGGCAACUGAAUCAUACAUAUUUGCAGGCGAGGAAAAGAAGGGCAGCCACUCGUUUGAAUGCUGGGUUGGACAAGGCUGGACGAGGGAAAUUUAUCGGUAUUUGAGAAGCCAGAUUACGCCUCCCUAUCGGCCGAGAAGGAAAGGGGCUCAGUGGCGAUUCGUGAGCUUCCCGGCUUCAGACAGUUACUCCGUAUGCUUGGUACUACUCCGUAUUAUGUCCCGAAUCGAAAAGUGUUGGUAUAUUAUUACCAAAGCGAGAA